AUGUCCGAAUUAUUUGAUCAAACUAUGAGCCGUUCCUUGACCGCUGGGUCAAGAGAACGGAUUGUUCUGGGCGAGUCCGUUUUUGCGGCGUUCGCCGGGUCUCAGCCAAGAGAUGCUAAGGUUAAGCUAGAAGAUGCUGAUGAAUUUUUCAGCUCAAUGACCGAUUUUGGUCUUGAUCUGGGAUUGGAAUCGGGAGUUGCAGAUUCGUCUGCCGCUACUGUCUCGCCAUUGGAGAUUCAUGCUUCGACCAUCGACUCAGUCUUUGACUCUGCGUUGAUGCCGGACGAGGCUCCAAUGUUUGCCAGCUCUGAGCCUGAUGCUGAUUCUUGGGAAAGUUUGUUCGGAACUGAACACCUUGAACCUGGACCAGUUGAGGUUGAUGAAAAACCCGAAAUCGUGACUGAAAUCAAGCAUGAGACUGUCUCUCCUUUGCCAACGCCAAAGCCUGUUUCUGUGUCAAUCUCCGACUACUCCAAGAGAAGUAGUUCUCCUGCGGAAGGGGUCGAUAGCUUGGGUUGUGUUACAUACAACCGUAAGCGUAGAUCCACUCCUUUGGAGACUUUGGAAACUGAUUGCGGCGACAGCGUUGCUGUUAAGAGGGCGAGAAACACUGAAGCCGCUCGUCGUUCUCGUGCGCGUAAAAUGGAGCGUAUGUCGCAGCUGGAAGACAAGUGCGAAGAACUUGUUGCUCGCAACUCAGCUCUUGAGGCUGAAGUUGCUAGGCUGCGUCUUUUGCUUCAUCAGUGA